CCACCAUAGCCGUAACAGCAAGUAGGCACGUCGUAGGAUCCCAGCUUUCCUGCAGCCCAAUAAAAUACCCUUGUUCGAAUCUUGCUUCGCUCACUCUCAAAAGCCGGUCACAUCAUGAAUCGUCUUGCAUUGAGCACAAUCGUCGUAGCGGCGGCGCUCGUCUCAGUUUCAGUCGGCAUGUACACCACUGACCAGAAGGCCAUUGCGGGACACGACGCGGAGUCAGUAGGCUCAAUGUGCGAAUAUGAUGACGAUGACGACAUGAGCGUUUUCGGCACCAAUCACGACGCGAGUGGACGGUGUCAAGGCUGCCGUAAUGUCGACGGCGCGUGCGGCAUUUACUGCCCUGGCCUCAAUCGAUGAUACAUACAGUGCGCAUCACCUCUUCUCAACUACCCCCAG